CAGAUAACUUCCGGUUUCAUAUUCUUGCAGACGAAUAUUCACGUCCAGAAAGCGAACAGCAGAGAAACAAAUGGCCAGAUGUCACAUGAUCUCAUUCCUUGCCUCAGUGUCUUGCAAUUUAUCCAUGAAACAUCAGUUUGCAUGGCACAAAGCAUUCUUAAACAUACAGAGGAGUAUAUCUUCAAUACCACUUAGGCCAAAACAAGUUAUAAAUGGACACGAGAGACUAAAAAUAAACUCAAACUCGUUUCAUUCCGGAACAUGUGUGAAUCAGACUGAAGAGAAGCAAGUACGGGCUAAGUAUGACGUGAGUGAUAAAGAUGAACUUGUGCAUAAGCUUUUCAAGGGAUUAACAAAAGGUGACAGGUCAUGUCUAGCAAGGUCUAUAACCCUUAUAGAGUCCAGCCAUCCAGGAAAGAGGAAACAGGCCCAGCAAUUGCUAUCCAGAGUACUUGACUACAACAAACACAAGACCCAACAUACACUACGAGGGACUCAGUCAUUUAGAAUAGGUUUGACAGGCCCCCCAGGAGCUGGAAAGAGUACAUUUAUUGAGGCUUUUGGCAAGUUUCUGACAGACAAGGGAUUCAAGGUGGCUGUCCUUGCUGUUGAUCCCUCAUCAUCAACAACUGGAGGGUCCCUCCUUGGUGAUAAGACGAGGAUGCCGGAGCUGUCCCGAGACAUGAAUGCCUACAUCCGCCCCUCCCCCUCAUCAGGGAAACUGGGAGGGGUGACACGGACAACCAAUGAGGCUAUCGUUCUCUGUGAGGGGGCAGGCUAUGAUGUCACUCUAGUUGAAACUGUGGGUGUAGGGCAGUCAGAGUUUGUAGUGGCAGACAUGGUGGACAUGUUCUGUCUUCUCAUCCCACCAGCAGGAGGCGACGAACUUCAAGGUAUAAAGAAGGGUAUAGUUGAGGUGGCAGAUAUGGUGGUCAUAAACAAGAGUGACGGAGAUCUUGUUGCAGCGGCACGGCGGAUACAGGCCGAGUAUGUCAGUGCCCUCAAGUUCAUGAGACAAAGAUCAAAAGUGUGGAAACCUAAGGUAAAGCGCAUAUCGUCAUUAACCAAAGAGGGCGUGCCAGAGUUGUGGAACAUAAUGGUGAACUACAAAACAUUAACAUUUGAGUCCGGUGAGUUGCAAGUGAAGCGUGAGAAACAACUGAAGAUCUGGAUGUGGAACCACAUCCAAGACUACAUCAUGGAGGCAUUCUACAAACAGGAAGGUGUGGCCAAGAAGAUAGCCGAUCUGGAAAAGAUGGUGGUUCGAGGAGUCAUCACUCCUGGCUAUGCAGCUGACGUGCUCUUGAAGACAUUCAUGAAAUACUCAUGACACUGUGGACACAGAGGCUGAUCUUGUUCAUGUGAUAUAUUUUCUUUUGUAAAAAUGUAAAGUUUUUAAACCAAACUUUAAGAUGAACACUGAUAUAAUCUUUAUAUACGUUUAAAUUCUUUGUUACUAAGCGACAACAUUAAUUAGCAUCUCAAACAGUGAUACAUCUCAAACAGUGAUACAUGUUGAUAUAAUGAAUUGCUGAACCUUCAUAUUUAUGUUUGACACAUGUCUUAAACAGUAACUAAAAUAUGAUGUCAGACUAAUAUUUUACCUUCUACAAUAAUAGUUCAAAUUUGAUCUCUUUUGAUCACCUGUCAAUGAUGUGAGUAAGAGAUACUUGUGUGUAGAAUUGUUUUUGAGAAAACAACACACAAUAAUGCUAUACUGAGUCUAACAAAACCUAGUAGAAGGUCGCGUCAGCUAACCUUUUGGACUGACCAAUCAGAACACAGCUUA